GGUUGGAAGCCAAAUGAGCUCCGUAGCGGAAGAAACUAUGCCAGUCCCGCUGUGCUUUCCGGUGAAUGGAUCCUGCCCAAGAACCCUCCAACCCUUUGGAGUCCAGUUAGCCAUUUACAUGGUCUGCGCUAUCGGUGUUUUAGUUACCGUAAUGGGGAAUCUCUUGGUGAUGAUUUCCAUCUUCCACUUCAAAAUACUUCACACUCCUACUAACUUCUUGCUACUCUCUCUUGCCCUGGCAGAUCUCCUCCUGGGCUUAACCGUCCUUCCCUUCAGCACAAUCCGCUCUGUGGAGAGCUGCUGGUAUUUUGGAGAUGACUUUUGCCGGCUCCACACAUUUCUGGACACGGUCUUUUGCUUGACUUCCAUAUUCCACCUCUGCUUUAUCUCCGUCGACCGUCACUCUGCCAUCUGUGAUCCUUUGCUCUAUCCCACCAAGUUCACCAUACGGGUGGCUUGCAUCUACAUAACCCUGGGGUGGGGAGUUCCUGUGGUUUACACGUUCAUCUUCCUUUACAGCAAAGGAAUUGAGGAAAAGCUAGGCCAGUUUCUGCAAGACUUGCCCUGCAUUGGGAGUUGUCAGCUGCUGUACAACAAACUCUGGGGCUGGAUCAACUUCCCAGUCUUCUUCUUUCCCUGCCUCAUCAUGAUAGGGUUAUACAUCAAAAUAUUUAUUGUGGCAACUAGACAAGCUAAACAGAUCAGCAAUAUGAACAAAAAACCCAGAGGGAGCAAACCUCAAACAGGAGCUGCAAAAAGAGAAAGGAAGGCAGCAAAAACCUUAGGUAUCGCCGUAGGAAUCUACCUCUUAUGCUGGUUGCCAUUUACCAUAGACACUAUGCUAGACAGCCUGCUGGAUUUCAUUACCCCUCCUUUUGUGUUUGAUGUUCUUAUUUGGUUUGCCUACUUUAAUUCUGCCUGUAACCCCUUGAUUUAUGUGUUUUCCUAUCGUUGGUUCAGGAAAGCCGUGAAGCUCAUUUUAACAUGCCAGGCCUUCUCUACGAGAACAUCUGCAAUUGAUCUAUAUCAAGAGGAAUAAUCUAUGGUUGGGAGGGCAAAUAUGGUUGCAGGGGGGGAGUAGAAAAUAGUAUUCCCACCCACCUUGUAAUCAAAGCACAUAAAACUAAAGGUCAAUGAAGCUAUUUUGGAAUAGAGAUGAGAAAGCCUUCUUCUUCCUGACAAUCAAAUAACAAUCAUGAAUUAAAUAGCUCCUCAUUUUCUGCUCAUUCAUCAUACACACACACACACACACUGCCAAUCACUUUCUUGGGUAGAUGCUUUAUUUCUUUAAUUAAUUAAUUAAUUUGUUUG